AUGAGCCAAGAACGUUCAGCGGUGGUACCUCAAUUACAUUGGUCAAUUUGUGUACCCGAUGGUUGUACAGCCGAAGAUGUAGAAGCACAUUUAAACAGCUCUGUAAGAACGCAACUUUUUACAGUAAAAGAAGACCAGUGUCAGACAAAUGAAUCUCAACCAAAACUUAAUUCUGGAGAUUGGGCCACCAUACUAACACCUCCAUAUGCAGCUUUAAUAGUUUUGUAUAUAACAUUAUUUAUGAAACUUGGUAGCGGGCCCAUAUGGGAAUCAAGUAAUCAACACAUGCAAGAUACCUGUAAAGAAUACUGGUGGUCAAGUUUGUUAUACAUUCAGAAUUUAGUUAAUGCUAAUCGAUUUUGCGCUGGUCAAUCAUGGUACUUAUUCGUUGAUAUGCAGUUAUAUAUCUUGUCUCCAUUGAUAUUAAUUCCUAUUGGAAAAUGGCCUAAAAUCACACCAUAUGUUUUUGGAAUUCUUAUAAUAAUAUUUACAAUAAUUCCUACGAUAGUUGCAUGGCAUUAUGAAAUACCUGUUCUUAUAUCGAAUUCUGAAAUUCCUGAUUGGAAUAAAAUUUAUUAUGCCCAAGUACAUACCAGAGCUGGACCGUGGAUCAUUGGCUUAGCGUUGGGAUAUAUUUUGUUUCAAACAAAGCAUAAAAAUGUUCGAAUAAAUAAGAUAAUUGUGACAUUAAUGUGGUUAUUAACGGCAGUAGUGAUGUCAUACAUAAUUUUUGGAACAUAUCCCGAAUUAAGAGAUGAUUUUCAAUAUAGUCGAUUAUUUAGUAGCAUUUACGUUGGACUUCAUAGAAAUAUAUGGACUUUAGGAAUAUGUUGGAUAGUGUUUGCUUGCAUACAUGGAUAUGGCGGUCCCGUCAACUGGUUUUUAUCAUUAUCAGUAUUUCAAUUCUUUGCAAAAAUUACCUAUGCUUUAUAUUUAUUAAGUGAAACUUUUCAAAAUUAUGAUCGUGGAAUUGUCCGAGUUCCAGUUAUAUUUAGAGAUUACAAUGUCUUACAAUCGUUCUUUAGCACAACAUGUUUCUGUUCAUUGUUAUCUAUUAUUUGGGUGCUUAGUUUCGAGUCUCCUUUUGCAGUUAUUGAUGGAGUCAUUAUAAAAGCAGGUGAAUAA